AAUUCUGAAUGAUUCAGCGCGAUCGCGCACUUAGUAAUCCUAAGUGACCGAGUACACUUUUUUUCGGCUAUAUUUCGUAUAUUGACUACACAUAAAAUACGAGAAAUGACAAGAGAAAGUCAAAUUCUGAUCUGUGUUUCUGUAGUUCUUACACAGCUCGUCGUCGUGAGUUCUGCCGACUUACCCAAAACAGAAGAUAUAGAUUGGACUACUGUUCACGAUGAGUUAAGGAAAUUAGGAGCUAGUUUUCGAAAAAAAUGUUUGGCAGAAACUGGUGUGCCUCUACCGAUGCUAGAAGCAGCAGAACUUGGCGAAUUUGCGGAUGAUACAAAAUUAGCGUGUUAUUUCAAAUGUGUGAUGGAAUCAGGGGGUGUGAUGAAGAAAGAUGGCAAAAUAAACUAUAAGAUUUUGGCCAAACUAAUGCCAGCAUCAUACAGGCACAUUGGAGUACAAAUGAUCGAUGAAUGUAAAGAAGUAGGGGGUAGCGACAAGUGUAACAAAGCUUUCAACUUCAACAAAUGCAUGUACCUCGCAAAUCCUGUGGCGUACUUCGUUAUCUAAAUAUAAAGUAUUAUAUGCAUGAGUAAGAUCCUAAAAUAUUAAUUGUAAAUUUGACAAAAUAAAAAUCCUCCUCAAUUCAUCCUGUUUCUUACACAUACAUAUAUAUUCCAACGCUAUAAUUUAUA